CUGUAUAAUUGUUACCCGUCUCUGGGAUUUCUGAUCCCGGGUCACAGGAAGAUUAUUGAAAAUCGAGAUAAGAUUAUGGAAAUCUUCGACGGUUUCUUCAAAGCAGCUGAAGAAACCUUGAGCGAGAACAGCAUCCAAACCCUAAAUGAGGCCUUAAUUAUGAGACACCAACAGGAAUUGAGAGGCCAAGAUGUGGAAAUUCAGAAAACGGACACGCUGAUUACAAUCAUUGACCUGUUUGCUGCCGGCACAGAAACUACUUCCAUCACCAUCUGCUGGGGACUCCUUCUCAUGAUGAAAUAUCCGGAUAUCCAGAGUAAGGGAAUCAUUACCGUUGCGUUUGUUAGUUUGGUGUUGGUGCCAAAGCUGUUAUCUGAUCUUAUUGAUCAGACUAUCGAAGCCAAUAGUAAACUAGCCCCCAUG